AUGAAGAUCGCUACUUCAAUCGCGGCGGUUGUUGCCUUGGUGCAGAGCACAUCUGCUCAUUAUAUCUUCCAGCAGCUCAGUGUUGGGUCAACCAAGUAUCCAGUCUUCCAGUACAUUCGACAGAACACAAACUACAACUCUCCUGUUACUGAUCUGGAUUCUAACGAUCUCCGAUGCAAUGUCGGCACCUCCGGAGCCAACACGCAGACCGUCGGAGUAAAGGCUGGCGACUCGAUUACCUUCACACUUGACACUGCUGUUUACCACCAAGGACCGAUUUCGGUGUACAUGUCCAAGGCGCCUAGCACUGCCUCGUCGUAUGAUGGAAGCGGUGGCUGGUUCAAGAUCAAGGACUGGGGUCCUACCUUCAGUGGCAGCACCUCAACUUGGCCCAUGUACAUCAGCUACACCUUUAACCUCCCUACUUGCAUUGCCAACGGCGAAUAUCUCCUUCGCAUCCAGAGUCUAGGCAUUCACAACCCUUGGCCUGCGGGUAUUCCCCAGUUUUACAUUAGCUGCGCCCAGAUUAGUGUUUCUGGUGGAGGCAGCACCGUUCCCAGCAACCAGGUCAAGAUUCCUGGUGCUUUCAAGGAAACCGACCCUGGAUACACCGCCAACAUCUACUCCAACUUCAACAGCUACACCAUUCCUGGACCUGCAGUGUUCUCCUGCAACGGCGCCCCCGGCGGUGAUGGUGGCGGCAGCGACCCCACUACGACUCUACAGACUUCUACCCGAGCGUCAUCUACACAGGUUCCUCCUGUGUCGACUCAGCCAUCUGGCCAGUGCGCUCUUCUCUGGGCCCAGUGCGGCGGAAAUACCUGGACUGGUCCAAAGUGCUGCGCCACUGGUACUUGCAAGGCGCUCAACGACUUCUACUCUCAGUGCACCACUUAA